UUUUCCCUUGAUCAAUCGGUCAACCAAAGGAACAGUUUCGCCCACAGCCAACUCUACCACUCUGUCUCCCUCUUUGAGUCAAAGCCUAUCUCGCCGCAUCAAGAUGCCCUCAUACCUUGCUCCCUCUCAGACCCCAGAGACUUACCGUUCUCUGUCUGGUCUCUCUGGCUCCUUCGAAAUGGAGACCUCACCGGCUCUGCACUACACCCGCUCUCACCGCGGCCACGGUAUCAGCCAAUUCCAACGGCCCAAAUACUUUAGCACCUCCAGCCUGUACAUCUGCUGCCAGUGCAACGAUGGCCCCAAAGUAUACAGCCACAAUGUUCAGUGUGUGUUGUGCCAUCAUAUCGCCUGCGAUGAAUGCACUCAUGUCAAAUAAGCGCUUAACUGAGGUUUACGACUCGUCUACGUGCAAUUGAUUGACGCUGGAUUUUGGAUUUUGGUUUUUGGAGCGAGUGAUACGACACAGCAUGGCAUACAGUACAGCGGAAUCAGAC